CACAUCCCACCCCCCAACCACCCACUCCACCACCCAACAUGGCUCGCAACGCCGAAAAGGCGCAGUCCAUGCUCUUCCGCUUCCGCGCGCAACAAGCUUCCGAUCUGGGCAUCCUCGACACAGCGCGCACGCGACGCCCCAAAGCCAUCUCGCAACAAGACCACAUCCCCACCUGCGAGCGCUGGCGCGGCCAAGUGCUGAAGGAGAUUUCGCGCAAAAUCACCAAGAUCCAGGACCCGGCGCUGAGCGACUACCAGAUCCGCGACGUCAACGAUGAGCUCAACAAGCUGUUUCGCGAAAAGUGGCAGUGGGAGAUGCGCAUCAAAGAUUUGGGCGGGCCGAAUUAUAUGCGUGCUGCGGGCCGCGUGACGGAUGAGGAGGGCCGCGUGAUUGAGGGUGGGGGGAAGGGGUAUCGGUAUUUUGGCCGGGCGAGGGAGUUGCCGGGCGUCAAGGAGUUGUUUGAGGCGGCGAAGCAGCGCCCGGACGAAGAGAGGCGGAAGGGUGGGGAGGCGCGGGCGGACUUGAGGAUGCGGGUUGAUGCUGGGUAUUAUGGGUAUGGGCUGGAUGAGGAGGAUGGGACGUUGUUACAGUAUGAGGCGCAGAAAGAGAGCGAGGCGUUUGAGACAUUGUUGGCGGGGCAGGAGAAGGGCGAGGCGGAGUGGGAGGUUUUGCCGGGAGAUGUGGGCGAUGGUGUGGUGUGGAACUUGCCGACUGCAGAGGAGGUGGAGGCGGAGUUGUUGGAGAGACGGAAGAGGAAGCUGCUGGAUAAGCUGUGAAGGGUGCCAGGAGCCAAGUCUCCAGCAUGAGGCGUUCACUUGCAAACGCUGAAUUGCUGGAAAGAGCAAAACAGAAAAGCUGCCAGCACCAUCGAAUCGAACGAGGGCCUCUGGAUCCGGAGUCCAAGCGUGCUACCACUACACCAUGCCGGCUCGACGAGUAAUUGGUGCAGACCACUGGCACUGCACAAUGACGGAGCCGGGGUGGAAAGCAGGGCUUAUACAGCUGCAUCAACUGGCCGAGAUUCCGCCCGUCGUUACGCUGGUUACACAAGACCAGAACUUUGAAUCAGGGGGAACAGAGAGGUCAUUGGUGAUGAAGAUA